CCGCGCGCGCCGGCGCCAAUCUCUGCCCUCCUCCUCGUCCGUCCGUCUCACCAUCGCUUCGCCUCUCUCUGACGCGCCACCGUACGGACCCAGCUGGUUACCUCUCUUCACCGUCGUCGUUCCUCUUCCAUUGCUCCUGACACCGGAAGAGGCGGCCUCUCGGCGGUCAGGGAGGAGGCGGCCACCGAGUUAAUUCUUAAGAUGGGUCUGGAGCUGGAUAAAGUCCUGAUGCUGCGCGCCACCGUGAUCGCCGCCGUCGUUGGUCUCGCCGCCGCCGCCGGAUUCAUCUCAAAUGACGCGCUCCACUCCCAUGGCGCCGCCGGCCGGAGCUUGCUACAGACCAAGAAGGAUUGCCCGGUGACCUUCGAGGGGGCGAACUACACGCUCAUCACGAGCCGGUGCAAGGGUCCGCUGUACCAGCCGGCGCUGUGCUGCUCGGCGCUCGCGGACUUCGCCUGCCCCUACGGCAUCUACAUCAACGACCAGUCCACAAACUGCGCCGCCACCAUGUUCAGCCUGAUCCACCUCUACGGCAAGUACCCCUCGGGGCUCUUCGCCAACACCUGCAAGGGGGACAAAGAUGGCAUCAAAUGCCCCGACGACGUACCGCAGGUCCAGCCAGGCCAGGAGGGCACGAACUCCGCCGCCCUCGCUACCGCUGCGCAGGCGGCGCUCGUCGCUGCUGGCGCCGUCGCGUUCUCUCUGUUCAUUGUACUGUCCUGAUCGGAGCCGGACCGGCGGCUGGUCGCCAUGAUCAGAAAGCAUUCAUGUAUGUGCUCGCGCGUUCAUUCCUAUCUGUUGCAUGCAUGAGUUUGCGGUCAUAUGUAAAUUCUGGAUCCUAUACAGGGUGCUAAUUCACCAAUUAACCUUUUGACUUGUUCUUUUAA